GUUUGAGCACUGGUUUAUCGAGGCUGUAGAAAAUUUAUCAUGUCAGUUUUCUUACGUGGUAUGCAGCCGCAAAAUGGCUUUACUGCCAAAACGAUACGAUUUGUGAAACACUGCAAAGAGCUGAAAAUUGGUUGGACUCAUAAUAAACUUAGGAGUCAGGGUGUCGAGGAAUUCGUAGAGGAGUAUUUGCCAUGGAUCAGAGAAAAUAAUCCACAUAUUAGCAUAAGGUUAUCUCGGACUCAUGUUAAUUGCGAUCCAUUUGUAAUUGGAAUAUAUGAACAUUGUCGCGUGAGAAAACGACGUUGCGACUGGAAGACCAAGCAUCAGGUUUUAUCAUUUGUAGAAGAAAUGGCUAUCGGUGGAGACUACGUUAAAGGCCGGAAGCGAGGAGUAAAAACGAUACUGCCACGUGGCUUACAACUGUGGGAUACGGAAACCAUUGGGCAUGAUGUAUUUAAGGUUUAUAGUAAAUGGAAAGGAGAUCCACCAGAUCCUAUGGAAAUAACUAGUGCUUCUCAUCCGUACCUUAUGCAUAGAAAGCAUGCUUAGAAACAAUUGUGUCUAUAAUUAAGGAAGCCUGAGCUAUUCAUUCGUACUCAAAUGAACUGUCACAUCAUUUAGAUAAGAGAAUAGAUGUUUUAGAUGUACUGUUCUCUUCUUAUUAUGUGCGGGACUUAUCUUCUUGAUUAAAUCAUCUACAGCAUAGUUUCGCAACUAUCAACUUCACUUCAUAGACUCA